ACUUCGUUUCAGACAGUAUUAUGCGUUUCGUGCUUCAUUGCUCAGAACGGAGCGGGACCGCUACAUGCACACUUUGUGAUCCAUUGAAGAGAAGGAUACGUUCAGUUCCAAAUGGCUCAGCGACCACUUAUUCAGCUUCCCGAGUUCAGCAACGUCUCCACAGGCACUCUGGUAGUGAAGGAGCCGCUGAAUUUCUGGAACGGCGCAAGGGUGCGGCCCAAGGACGCUAAAAGCGCUGAGCCCGUGUAUGAACCUGCAACAGGCCGUGUGCUCUGUGACCUGGUGCCUUGUGGAGAGGAGGAGGUCGACCAGGCCAUCAAGAGCGCCCACUCUGCCUUUCUAAAAUGGAGCAAGCUGGCUGGCAUGGAGAGAGCCCGCAUUAUGUUGGAAGCAGCUCGCAUCAUCAGGGAGCGUAGAGAUGAAAUAGCCCGAGUAGAAGUGGCCAACAAUGGGAAGACCAUCACAGAGGCUAAGGUGAACAUUGACACAGCUGCAAGGUGCAUAGAAUACUAUGCUGGGAUUGCCCCGACUCUGGCAGGCCAACACAUCCAGCUCCCAGGUGGUUCCUUUGCCUACACUCGUCGGGAACCCUUGGGUGUCUGCGUGGGCAUCGGAGCCUGGAACUUCCCCUUCCAAAUCGCUGUGAUGAAGGCAGCUCCAGCGCUAGCGUGUGGUAAUGCCAUGGUGUUCAAACCCUCCCCAAUGACUCCAGUCACAGCAGUCAUACUGGCAGAGGUCUUUAAGGAAGCUGGGGCACCAGAGGGGCUCUUUAACGUGGUCCAGGGUGGGGCAGAGACAGGGACCCUAUUGUGCUACCAUCCAAUGGUGGCUAAGGUGUCUUUUACAGGCAGCGUCCCGACUGGAAAGAAGGUCAUGGAGAUGUCUUCUAAAGGGGUAAAGCAGGUGACCAUGGAACUGGGAGGGAAGUCUCCUCUGAUCAUCUUUAAGGACUGUGAGCUGGAGAACGCUGUGAAGGGUGCACUGAUGGCUAACUUCCUGACCCAGGGCCAGGUGUGCUGUAACGGUACCCGAGUGUACGUCCAGAGAGACAUCAUGCCGCAAUUCCUGGAGGAGGUGGUAAAGAGGACCAAGGCCAUCCCUCUAGGAGACCCCCAACUGGAGGGCACCCGCAUGGGGGCCCUGAUCAGCAGGCCACAGCUGGACAAGGUGCUGGCCUACGUCGACGUGGCUAAGAAACAGGGUGCCAAGGUGCUUUGUGGGGGUGAGCCGUUUGCUCCCAGCGACCCUAAACUGAAAGGGGGCUUCUUCAUGUCUCCGUGUGUCCUUGACAACUGCAGGGACGACAUGACCUGUGUGAAGGAGGAGAUCUUUGGGCCCGUCAUGUCUGUCUUGCCCUUUGACACGGAGGAAGAGGUCCUGCAGAGAGCCAACAACUCCACCUACGGGUUAGCCUCCGGCGUCUUCACUAGGGAUGUGUCUCGUGCUCAUCGUGUGGCUGAGGUCAUGCAGGCGGGCUCGUGUUUCAUAAACAACUACAACACCAACCCCCUGGAGAUGCCCUUCGGUGGCUACAAGAUGUCAGGCUUUGGUAGGGAGCUUGGCCAGGUGACCGUUGAGUAUUACACUCAGCUGAAGACUGUGGUGGUUGAAAUGGGAGAUGUAGAAAGCCUUUUUUAACUAUCUAUGUCAACAAUGACUUGUACCUUCUUAACAUCCCAUGAUGUUGUGCAUGCAUGUAGCAAAGUGCUGAAAAUAGUGUAGAUUUGCACGAGAUUUUAUGGCAUCAAUGUUUGAGCAUUAACUAUGACUCAUGAUACUGACAGGUUGUUCACUUUUUUAAAGGUUUGUAACCGUAUCGAUCCCCUAUUUGGAUUGUUGCUGUGCUGCCUUAACCAAAAAUAACUUUCUAAUCUUAGUUAUCACUUGGUGUAAAGUAUUUGCUUUGUCUAAUUUAGACACUUUAAUGUAUGUUAAUAUUUCCCAGGUUAUAUUUCAAAGUGCACUUGUAUUUCUUUUGUCACAAUUGAAAUAAUAAUAAAAAAAAUGCAAUGUCA